AUGACUAUACGGGCUUCCAUUUUCGCAGUAAUUCUCUGGUCACAAAUAUUUUGCUAUCCAACAUAUGCGGUCGAUAUCAACUCUAGAAUCAGCUCCAAUGAUUUUCAAACGUUCUCCCCCAAGGCACUCACCGCUGGCCAAGACCUCCAGUGGCCAAAAUUGAGACCAUCCAAGUUCUCUUUGACAUCAGAGUCUCCUGUCGCCACCUUAGACUAUGGAUCGGAGGUUGCCGGGUACCCAUUUUUCGAAAUCGAGUCAGUAGAAGCCACGGCACAGAUUGAAGUCAAAUACAGCGAACCCUACGCGGGCCUUCAGCAUGUUUGGGCAGAUGGUCCUUACACAUUCUCUACUGGCCUCUCAAAUGCUGUUCGAGUCGAAACCUUCAACAUCACGAAAGCGGGAAGUGUGACAUCGUCGUUGAUCCAAGGCGGACAAAGAUGGCAAUCAAUUCGAUUGAUUGCCGGGAGUAAGAUCACGAUCUCCCAAGUGGGCUUUGAGUCAACAGUCUCUGUUACAGACCCGGACAAACUCCCUGCCCAGUUCUCAUGUAAUGAUCCAGUUUUCAACGCGAUCUGGAAGUUGGGACAGAAAGCAGCAACUAUGGCAUGUCUUGAGAAAGGCACACAGAAAGCUGUCUGGCAAAUUGAUCCCGUCAAAGGAGCCUUUGUUCACAGCACGAGGGCUUCGCCAAAUUUUGAAACUUAUGUACUCGAAAAUUACACCUUGGAAUUUGAGGCAUCUAUUGAAAGAGGUGGAGUCUGGUGGUCGGUGGCUCAACCUCUGGGUUAUGGCACUGGUCUUCAACUUUUACUCGUCGGAGAACUUCCCGAGGCCUCAACAUUUGCCAACACCAACAGAAGCUUGACUCCUCCGAAUAGUAUUCUGCUAGCAGAUGGGUAUGGUUUCGUGAACCAAACGACGUUGGACGCAUACUUGCUCGAUACUUUUACCAUUCCAUUUGACGUGCACGAAAAAGAUUGGUACACUAUCACUACAGUUCUAUCUGAUGGCAAUCAACUCGCUGUGCUGCUCAACGGUAUCUCUGUUGUCAAUAUCUCACUAUCGGAUUACUAUACCGGUGGCUCUGAAAUCUCACUUAGCGGGUCCUUUGGAUUCGGGGCUUAUCAGGAUCAUGCGGCAUGGGUUCGCGAUGCCAAGGUUUAUGACAGCGCGAAUGGAUCCCUAUUAUAUGUGGAUAGUCUUCGUGAACAGAGUGCUCUGGCACGUUAUGGAACGCAAAAUAACCUAGGGACCGUGUGCUUAGAUGGAGCCAAACGGGACCGUCUGGUCUGGAUGGGUGACUUCUACCAUACUUCACGCAUCAUCGGUGCCAGCACUGAUCGAUUUGAUUGGUCACGCGGAACUUUAUCUUUCUUGCUAGAGACGCAAACCUCCAAUGGCCAGCUGAAUAUCUCACCGAAUAUGGGAUACAAUCCAUCGACCAGCAUUGAUGCUUUCAGUACAGAUGACGCAUAUCCCGGCCUGGAAGACUACCAGAUCCUUGGCUUCCUAAGCUUCUACAAUCUGAUUAAACAAACAAACGACUUGCAAUACGCCGCUCAAACAUGGCCGCAGUGGCAGAAACAACUGACAUGGCUUUUGAGCACGAUCAAUGCUACAGAUGGAUUAGUCGACCUUGAAAGCGCAUUCCUGGGUCCAGCUACAGGUGGCUCUGCAGCCAGUUGCCUUGCAGUUGAAGCUCUUAAAGGGGCUGCAGAGAUUGCCAGUGCACUGGGGAAUACGACAGCUGCCAGGACAUACCAAGACUCUGCUAAAAAGCUAACCGACUCUGUGAACACCCACCUCUGGAACGAUGAGCUUGGAGUUUACUCUCUCAGUCGAUCAGACAAGAGUAACUUCAGCGUAGCUGGAAUUGGGCUGUGCAUCACUUCCGGAGUUGCAAGCUCAACCCGAGCCUCACGGAUUGUGUCUUUGAAGACACUUGAAAAUUUGAAACUUGGCCCUGGCUACAAAGAUGAUACCACGGUAAACGGAACAGAGUCCGGUGUGACAAUUUCGCCAAAUACAAAUGGCUUCUUAUUACCCGCCCUAUUCAUUGGGAACGCUACCACAGCCGCCAAAGAUCUUCUCCGGUCCAUGUGGGGAGCGAUGUUAUCAGAGAGCGUGGAAGCCGGUAUUGGAAACAGCACAACAUUCAGUGGUGCAAGCUGGGAGUAUCUUGAUGUGGACGGCUCUCCCGGCCUGUCUCUGUUCACCAGUCUAAGCCACCCAUGGGGAGGAGCAGCAACAUACAUUCUCACCGAGUUUGCCGCUGGAAUGCGUCCAGUCAGUGGACCUCAAGGGUUUGGAUAUAAGAAUUGGAUCUUAUCCCCAGAAACAGGGCUGCAGAUGGGCUUGAAACAGGCGAGUGCUCGAGUUGUCACGGAGGGAGGGGUCUUGUCGGUUGCAUGGGAGCUUGAGCAGACAUCUUUGAAGGUGACGAUCGAUGCACCACAUGGGACUACUGGAAAGAUUCAAGUUGGCAACGCUUAUAAAACAGUCACCGGCGGAGGUAUUCAGUCAGUACGAAUUCGACGAUGA